AUGAAGAUUGAAAUUGUGUGCAAAGAAGCGAUUAAGCCUUCUAUCCCUACACCCACUCAUCUAAGAGACUUCAAACUCUCUUUCAUCGAUGAGAGAAUCCCUACCGUUUACAGCCCAUUAAUUAUUUACUACAAAAAUGAAAACAUGAAGCAACAUGAGAUGGUUGGUCGGCUGAAAACCUCUUUAUCUGAUGCUUUAGUAGAGUUCUACCCUUUGGCUGGCCGGAUGAAAGGCCAGAUCUUCGUCGACUGCAAUGACGCCGGAAUCUUGUACGUCGAAGCUCAAGCCCACGCCAGAAUUUCCGACAUCAUUAAAUCUCCCGAUUCAGAUGUUUUGGACAAGCUUACCCCUUUUCCCACCACUGGCUUUCUUUCUACUCUUCAAGAGCCAUUAGCAGUUCAGAUUACCUCAUUUACGUGCGGAGGAAUCGCGAUCGGGAUGUGCAUUUCCCACCGAAUCGCAGACCAUUACAGCCUCAGCUCAUUCACCAAGUGCUGGGCGGCCAUCGCGCGCCGUGAUGACUCCUCGCUGAUCUCCCCCGUCUUCAACUCCGCCACCGUGUUUCCGCCGCGCAACACGCCUGAUUUCCGGCCAAAUCUUAAAAGUCCGUCGGUCCACCCACUAGCAGCAGAAGUCACAAUGAAAACAUUCCUCUUCACCCCCGCCGCAAUAAACGCACUGAAACUCGAAAUCACGAACACCACCUCCAUCGCAAACCCUAGCCGAGUCGAGGCCGUGACGGCGUUCCUGUGGAGCCGCUGCGCCGCCGCCUGCGGAUCCGACGCGUCCGUGGCGUGCCACCCAGUCAACAUCAGAGGAAAAAUUCCGUCGCUAACGGAAAACUCGUUCGGAAACCUCUUCCAAAUGGUCUUCGCGGAGAGCCGCGGCGCAGCGAGCUGGAUCGGGCUGGCGGAGAAGCUGAGAUCGGCUUUCGUGGCGCUGGACGUGGCGAGGCUGUUGGGGGAGAGAGGUUUCGAGGCGGCGAAGGAAAAUUUCAUGGAGAUUAGCAAGCAUUUAGCGAAGGGGAAUGUGGAUGUGUUUAGGUUUAGUAGUAUGUGUAGGUUUCCGGUUUACGAAGCGGAUUUCGGGUGGGGGAAGCCGGUUUGGGUGAGCUACGCGGGCGUUCCGAAUAAGAACUGUGUGUUUCUGUUUGAUAGUGUGGAUAUGGAGCGUGGAGGAGUUGAGGCUUGGGUUGUCUUGACUCCUCAAGCUAUGGAGAGGCUUCAAGGGGAUCUCAGUUUCCUGCAUUUUACUUCGGCUUUUGCUUGA